AUGGUGCUGAGUGUGGAAGAUCCUGGCCAGGAGGAGGCGCAGAGCGGAUCCCCACUGUGGGGCAAGGAAGCCUGCAGCUAUGUUAUGGACACCACAGGCUGUGAUGACGCCACAGGGCCUCCUCCAAGUUGUGGACACAAUCCCAUAGAUGAUGCACCUUCAGGGCCUACCAACAGGAGCUUGGAGUCGGCGUGUGGACCUGGGGAUGCUUGUCAGGAAACCCUGCUGAUGCAGCAAGAGACAAGCAGUUCCGUGUGGAGCGGCUACGACCUCCGCAGCCGCUUUGUGCAGCACUCAGGCUUCAACUCUUCAUCAAGGAAGAGGAAGAGGGAGACAACGAAUUCUCCCUGUUGUGACCAAACUCCUGUUGAUGUCAUUGCUGAGGGAAUAGCUCCCCCAGAAAGGAUCCUGUUUCCACCGGAGAAGAUUUACAUGGUCUGGCAGCAGCAGCAGAGUGCUGGAGCAGGGCUGUUCAAUGUGGGCAACACAUUCUUCCUCAACUCCUCAACUGUCCUGCAGUGUUUGACCUACACCCCGCCACUGGCCAACUACCUGCUGUCCCGAGAGCACAGCAAGGCCUGUCAGCAGCAAGGUUUCUGCAUGAUGUGCACCAUGGAAGCACACGUUAACAAGGUCUUGCAUUCCCCUGUCAGACAAACUUCUUCUUUCUUAGGCAUAGGAGAACAUUUUCAGCUGGGUAUGCAGGAAGAUGCCCAUGACUUCUUGUGCUGUACAGUCAAUGCCAUGCAGAGAGCUUGUCUGAGCGCAAGCAGCGACUUGGACCUCUCUUCUGAAUCCACUACCAUCAUCCAUCAAAUAUUUGGGGGCUUUCUGAGAUCCAGAGUCACCUGCUUCAGCUGCAAAGCCGUUUCUGACUCCUACGAGGCCUUCCUGGAUGUUCCUUUGGAUAUCAAUGCAGCCUCGUCCCUCACUGCAGCUCUGGAAGAGUUUGUGACACCUGAGCAGCUGGAUGGUGAAAACUGCUUUAAAUGCAACAAGUGUAAGGAGAAGGUUGCUGCCUCCAAGAGGUUCACAAUCCACUGUGCACCCAAGGUUCUGACGGUGUGUCUGAAACGGUUUGACUGUUUGACCGGUGGGAAGAUGAACAAGGCUGUGGAGUACCCCGAGUACCUGGAUCUCCGCCCGUACAUGUCCGAGGCUGAUGGAGAGCCCCUCUAUUACUCCCUGUAUGCUGUCCUGGUGCACAGUGGCGACAGCUGCCAUGAAGGACACUAUUUCUGCUACACCAAGGCCAGCAACGGGCUGUGGUACCAGAUGGAUGAUGAGUGUGUGGAGCUUCGUAGCAUUGACACAGCUCUCGGGCAGCAAGCCUACCUGCUGUUUUAUGCCAGAUCUGAGGCUUGGACAAAAGGCUUCUUCCUCGCUAGUACCAUCAUAUGCACCAUCCGUCCUCAGUCAGUGGGCAGCCAGCAGCAAGCAGGUGGCUUCUAUUGUCCCACAGGUUUUGCCUGA